AUGGGCAACAUGGUAACAGAGAUCGUAGCCUUCCUCCUGACCAUCUCUGGAUGGAUCCUAGUGUCGUCCACCCUGCCGACAGACUACUGGAAGGUGUCCUCCGUGGAUGGGACGGUUAUAACCACAGCCACCUUCUGGUCCAACCUCUGGAAAACCUGCGUCACUGAUUCCACUGGCGUGUCAAACUGCAAAGACUUUCCUUCAAUGCUGGCUCUGGAUGCCUAUAUCCAGGUGUGUCGGGGCCUGAUGAUCGCAGCCGUGUGUCUGGGUUUCUUUGGCGCCAUCUUCGCUCUCGUGGGAAUGAAGUGCACGAAAAUCGGGGGCUCAGAGACGACCAAAGCUCGGCUGACCGUCCUAUCGGGCUUCCACUUCAUCCUCGGCGGCCUGUGCUGCAUGACGGCGUGCUCCAUAUACGCUCACAGGGUCACAAGCGACUUCUUUGAUCCCUUCUUUGUGGCUCAGAAAGCUGAAUAUUCCUACAGAGGACCAGUAUCACCAGUAUCACCGGCCACAGCGCGUGAUAAGUGCAGCAAAACAGCCAGCGGCCCGACAGCCAGCGCCCUGCACAAGGAAACAGUGGAGCCUUCCAGGCAGUUUGGAAGAAACGCCUACGUGUGAAAUUGGACUUUAUUCAAUAACAGUUAAAUCGAUGGUGGUGAUAUUUAUUUCAAUAUUCUGUGGUCACGAGAAACUCACAAGUGAAGCACGGAUGUUCACUUUAGGAACUUUGGGCAGGAACUCUGGGGAAAUCCUUCCUGGCAAUGUGUCAUUCACAGUUUAUCAGAUGAUUUUAUAUUUUCAAAUUUGUUUUGAAAAUAUAAAAGGUCACCUUCAACAAGCCGGCCUCCCCUUUUAAUCUGUAUUUAAUAAUUCUUUAGUCAGUUAAGUCGAUUUUAAAUCAUUUAUUUUAUCAUAACUGGAGGAGAAAAGGGUUUGUAAAUAAUUUAUAGCUGCUCAGACUUUUCCAAUGAUUUUUUAUUAUUAGACACUUGUUCUGUAACUUAAACAUUUUGCAAAUGUGACCAAAUGAAGUAAUUAAAAGAUUUGAAACUUUCUCAGUUGAUCAGCGGUGAUUGCAGUGGAUCUUCUCUGAUCGCUUCAAAGGGAACAUUAAUAUUUCUCAGGAUCUGAGGGUCACUACAUCCCGUCUAACCUGAGACGGAGCUGGAGGCCGGAGGUUUCCCUCACAGCAGCCAUCCAUCUCCACCUGGGAAUUACCAUCACCAGGGACCUCAGGCUAAGUUACAGCGGCUGCAGCCGGGAGCUGGCAGAGAGUCGUGAAGAAGUGUCAGGUGACGCUCUCUGAUAUAAAGCUAGUAUUGUGUCUGCAUGACUUCCUUAUCAGAGAUCAUUAAAACACACAUGUAA